UUUUUAGCACUUACAUAUACUGAACAAUAAUUUGUAAUAUUUAAAUGUAGAAUAUUUUUAGUGCUUGUUUCGAUUCCGUUUGUAACAAUCUAAUUUUGUAUAAGGUACAUAUAUGGCCAUCUCUAAGUGGAAGUGUUGGAAAAGAACUUUAGUUGCCUGCAGAUACUGCUGCAUUUUGAUCCGGCUAUUUAAAAUUUAUCAUUUGCAUAGUAAAAUCGACAACAGCAUGUCUUCAGAGACUGGGAUGGAUUAUCCAAAUAUACCACCAGCUGUACAAUUUUCAGCCAAUAAACAAUUCCAUUCACACACCCAACAGCAGGAGCAAGACAGGGCUUUUAUUGGAAACUCUAAGAACAUACAUGCAGAACGUGAGACUAUUAAAACUUUGAUGCGUUCAGCAAACCCGCAGUCCAAUUCGUCCAACAAUGAUAAUGUACCCGAUGAUCUGGGUAUUCGUGACUUGGCUUCGCUAACCGCAGGAGAUCUGGAGCAAUUUGGGUUUACAAUGCCAUCGGAACAAAACGAGCUAUUGCAGAUUUUUUCCAAGCUACCCAAUCAGGAUCCAAGCUAUGAUUAUAUUUGUCAGACAGACGCGGCCAAGGAAUAUAAUUCGCAAAUUAUUGGAAAUUGCUCCAAUCAUUUAAUGUAUUUGCGUUCCUCCCUGGCCGCUACCAAUUACAAAUUGAUGUCGAAACAGCCGGAAGAUGUGAUUGUUAACGAGAAGCGUUAUGCCAGUCGUUUUGUCCUGGAAGCUUUGAAAAGUGUUAAAAUGAUAGCCGAAGAGUUAUCCUUGGAUAUCAAGAAUAUUGAAGAGUUUCAUGACAAUGCAAAACAAAAGCAGCAACAACAGGAGCUACAACGAAAGUCUCAGUUGAAAAAAUGCAGCAAGAAGAAGUUGAAUUUGCUGACUUGCAUCUAUUAUUCAAGUCUGGCCCUGGGACUCUCUUGCGCCACUUGGUGGUGGUGGUCUAAACAUCAUUUUACAUCUACUCCCAAAGCCAAUUUGGACAUUAUCUCCUUUUAAAAGACUUUAAAAACUAAUUAAUCUCUUAUUGUGAAACGAAAUUUGCAUCAACUGAAUCUCAUAUACAAUAAGAUAUGGAUAUGCCUCUAAAGUAUUUACAUAAGUUUACUUAUAAUAAAACAAAACAAAAAACUUUCCAUUA